AUGUUGUUGAAGAAUAAUGAUAUAGUGCCGCUCAACUUCUCAAUCACUGGUUUCAACGACCUCGAUAAGUACUCCUCAUACUCACAACGCCAAAUCGACUUACAGAGUGGACAGCAGCUAGCAGCCAUCGCACUGCCUCCCAAGAACUCGACUGUGUUUCUACAUAAAGACACAUUGUAUGCAUUUACUGCCUCAGACCAGGAAAGUGACUUUGAUGUUUGUGGAGAUGGCGUGUUCCAGCUUUUGAGUUAUGACAUGACUUCAGAUAAUUGGGGAGCUGCGGGUGAUAAUAUCACUUUUCAAGAUGUUUCAGAUAUCUCCUAUUACGAGGGUUCUUCAGUGUUGACCAGCCCAUCUUCAGAUUUUAUCUACAUUUAUGGAGGUAGAUGCUCAUCCAAUGGUAAAGCAACGGACAGAUUACUCUCGUUCAACAUGGAGACCUUCAGCUUCUCCAAUAUCACCACGUCUACAAAACCACACGGUUUCUAUGGCGCAGCCACUCAGUGGGCACCUAAUCCACAGAACUCUCUAGUUGUUGGUGGAAGAUCUAACGAUGGCUGGCUCAACAUGUAUCAGCUUGCAACUUGGAACUACGACUCUGGCUGGUCAUUUCAGGCAGUCGAAAAAAAUGACACCUUUAAUGUAAACUCGAGAGUCAACCCAUUGUUAUUGCCGAUGUUCUCACCGUUAACAGACAACACAACUACGACCUUUUCGAGCAACUACAGAACGAGCUCCCUAAUUCUCAUUGGCGGCGAGGGCUCAAAGGGUGCAGCUACGCCACAAUGGGCACAAUUGAAGGUGGACAAGAAUACAUGGGCAUGGGAACCUCUUGAAUCCAAAGUUGAAGUUGACCAGGUCCUUGGGGCCGCUGUACUUUACAACACCCUUGUAGUAAUCAGAGGCAGCUCAUCAAGCAAAAAGAAAAGAGAUUCUGGAUACACCGUUGAGCUUUAUGAUGUUAAUGACAACUUUCAGCAGGUCAAGUCGUUGGCAGACAACACUGCAAAAUCCGAAAGCUCGAACGGACCAAGCACAACCACUACGCAGAAGGCACUUAUUGGAACAUUAGUCCCAGUUGCAGCAAUUGCUGUGGUAUCAGCCGUCGGUAUAUUCCUUUGGAAACGCAAGAACUCAAACGCUCCAGAACAUGAAAGUGUUCUCGACGCUUUCGACUACCAGCUUGGCCAUUUCCGCACACGCUCAGACAUCCCCAUAGACAUUCCCCACCCGGAUUACCAUCCUCGCUUAUCGACUAGCAGUGAGUCAACUUUGGAGGCAGCCUCCAUAGACUCUUGGGUCAAGAAAAGACAAGAAUUCGAUGCCAAGAGGCAGCGCACAGUAAGAAGGCACAGUAUCUUGGGGCUGAACGAGACUCUUAGCACCGACUCCCCUGAAGAAGUGAAUGACGAAAUCUCUGAGAAUCAUGAUAGACCAGAAAUGACCCAAGUUCAUUCUAGGCCAGCUGUGCCAGCUCGUGUACACCAGCUACGAAAGAGCUUCUCAUACACCAACACACCGCCACAACUGCCGAAUCUUAAAAAAGCGGCGCAAAAAGGUGGCUACAUGGGAAUACCUGAGCCAUCAAAGGAGGAAGAUAGAGACGAUAGCUCGUCCUGUGACGAGGCAAUGGAUGUUCAGGUGCUUGUGAGCUCAAAGCGGAAAAGUGUGCUUCGGGUAGUGAACCCUGACCAACAGAGCCAGGACUCGAACUCUAUAAGGCAGAGAACGCCUUCAGAGUAA